AUGGCGAGCGGAUAUCUUCAGCAAGAGAUCGCCCCUGGAGGGUGCAGCCAUGCCAUCUUUCUUCAUCUUCACUACCAUAGCCCCGCACCCUCGACAUCGCAGCAGGCAUAUCAGCAUCGAGGGCACCUCCGCACUCAGCUCGUCACGGCACGAGACGACGUACUCUCUGUCUAUGAUGUCUACGAACGCCCUGCUCCUGCAGUCGCGUCCGAUAUCGCAAGCACAAGCAAUAGCAAUGGCGUAAACCAUGCACCGAGCUCCUCACACAAACUCGUCGUCGCCAGCAAACAUACCCUAUUUGGCGCCGUCACUGGACUGCAACGUGUCCAGACCCUUGCCAGCGACAAGGACAGCCGCGAACGCUUGCUCGUCUCAUUCAAAGAUGCCAAGCUGGCUUUGCUGGAAUGGAACGACGCUACAGACGAUCUCGAGACCGUAUCGAUCCACACCUACGAGCGUGCUCCCCAGCUUCUCAAUGGUACACCCAACCUCUUCCGUCCCAUCCUCAAUGUCGAUCCGUUGUCAAGAUGCGCUGCACUGCUUCUUCCGCACGAUGCAUUGGCCGUACUGCCCUUCUAUCGUGACGCUGCCGAUUUCGACUUUGACUUUGACGAUGGCCUCGACCUCGCCAAGGACGAUGCAGCCGCCGUGGCAGCCGCAGCCGAGAUCGACACCUUGCCCUACUCUCCCUCGUUCGUACUCACCAUGCGCGAGGUCGACCCCAAGAUUCGCAACCUCAAGGACUUUUGUUUCCUCCCCGGCUUCCAGAAACCCACCGUAGCCGUCCUCUUCUCGCAUACGCCAACGUGGACUGGUCUCCUCGCCGAGCGCAAGGACACUUUCUUGGUCUACCUCUUUACACUCGACCUGUCCGCAUCGCUCGACGGCACCACCUUGAGCUCCGCCGCCGACGCAUUAGACAACGGCAUGGUCCGAUCCGCUCACCCCGUCGUGACCACAAGCACAUCCCUGCCCUUCGACUGCCUCUACAUGGUCUCGUGCCCACAGACGCUCGGAGGUGUCAUGGUCGUCUGCAUGUCUUCCAUCCUCCACGUAGACCAGAGCGGCCGGGUGGUUGUCACGGCGCUCAACAGCUGGUUCAAGACCAUCUCUGCCAUCGAGCCCGAGUCCGUUCUGGACCUUUCCGAGAUUCCAGAUCUGCAAGGCUCGCAGCUCGUGUUCACGACCGAAAACGAGGGUGUACUUGCCCUUUCCAACGGCGAUCUCUACCGCUUCCGCUGCCAGCUGGAUGGUCGAAGUGUCGAAGGCUUCCGUUUGGAACGCAUGGACCAGUCAUACUCCGAAACGGAGGAACUGGUCGGUGCGACAGGUCCACCGCCGUCUUGCCUCGCUCUCGCUUCCAAGCAGGACGCCGACACUGCCAGCGAUUACCUCUUCAGUGCAUCCAUGGCAGGUGAUUCGACACUGUACAAUCUCGUACCUGUCAGCAAAGCGCUCAAGCAGCAAGAUGUCACGGAUGACGCUCAAGCCAAGGCAGAAGUCGGCGCUGCCUCAUCCAACAAUGACAUGGACUUGGACCUGGACGAUGACCUCUACGGCACGUCAGACGCCAUCGGCGGCGCAAAGGCGAAGAAUGCCAGCAAACAGCAGACCAUCGUUACUGUACGCAAGCAAGACGAGAUUCCUUCGCACGGGGGACUUCACAGCAUCGCCCGACGCAAACUCACGCCAGACGAGCCGGGAUCGUCUAAGCGAUACGGGCUGGUCGGCGCCUGUGGAUCCGGCAGCCAGGCUGGUCUGGUCUAUCUUGAUCCUCGCUUCGUGCCUGAGGCCCGCGCCAAGCUCAGUGCGAUGGUAUCGUCCGAAGAGCAAGCAGAAUUUUUGUCCAAGAUCUUUGUUGUGGGCAGAGACGCUUCAGGGGAUGCUCGCAUGAUCGGCUCCAACUCUCAGACAGACUCGUCGAUUGCAUUCUCCACCUCAGCACGCAUUCCCAGCAUAGGCUACUCGCAAGAAAAAGUCAGCUGGACAGCUAUCAAACAGCUUUCGGAAGGCGCAACUCUCCAUGCUGGCGGACUUGUAGGUGGUGAAAAUGUAGCACGCUUCACGACCAGCAGCUUGCAGGUUUUGUCUUUGGACACGUUCGACGUGGUUAACGAAACGGUGGUCCUCGAGCCUGAUCAGGGCAGCAUCCUUCACGCUAAUCUGGAUGCGCAGGAGUAUGCUGUCGUGCACACUUCAGACGGCGCGACGCUGGUCUACCGCUACGAUGCAUCGGUGCAACGUUUCGAGUCGGUUGACGUGUCUGCUGCGCUCGGUGCAACGAUUCUCUCCGCGAACGUGUUUCGCGAUACGUACGGCCACAUGGAGCGGGCUCGGCGGUCUAGCGCGGGAGGCGCGGUCACGGCAACGGCAGCCGGCACGGCAGCUGCCAGCGCGGCUGCUGCGCCGCGCACAUUAUCCUCUCUGGCCAACGACGACGAAGAGGUCGACUACGGCGAGGACGACGAUGAGCUGCUGGUCGAGAGCAAAUCCAUCAAGGGGAUAAGAACUUCGCCCGCUGAAACAGAGCCUGCCUACCUGUUCGCGCUGGACGCAGAGGGAGUGAUCCGCAUCUGGACGCUUCUGGGCCUGCAGCUCGUCUGGCAGAAUUCCAGCCUCGCCGCUCAACCCCAGAGGCUGCGCUACGAACAGCGCGGGCACGCCGAACUCGCACCGGAACAGAAAGCGGUGCUGACCACCGCAGUCGCCUACCACAUUGGCGACACGCUUUGCAUCGUCUCGCUCACGAGCGACAACUUCCUCACUGUAUACCGCAGCAAUGCCUGGGCAUCGGCGGAGGACGUCGAAAAAGCCAAGGUCCAAGCAGACGGCGACGCAGUGGCACAGGGGCUGACGUUCAACAAAGUGCUCGUACAGGUGCUGUCUGCGCCUGCGGGCGGUGCGCGCUCCUUCGAUCCGGACGGCAUCACCACCUCCGGCUAUCGAGCAGGCGCGGUGAAGCUGGAACCCUUCGCACUCGGAACUCGCGCAUGGCAUCUGCGAGAUGCUGCCGAAGCGGAGUGUAACGCGCUCUGCGUGCUCGGAGGCGGACGCGAGGCGCAAGCGAGCGUACUGUGCUGGACUGAACAGGGCAGCUAUCGGCUGCUCGACUGGCCGGAGGGAGAUCUGUCCUGUCUGUCCUCCAUCCCUGCCUCUCAUUCGCGCACCGAUGACGCCGAGUUUGCAUACUGCGAUCGUGAUGGGCAGCUGUGGCUAGCCCGCGCCCCCCACGGGCUGUACUCUGAAACCAGCUGGAUGGCAUCCGUCGUUCGCACGGGGCGCGAGUACACGCGCGUCGUAGCGCACGACCCCACGCACACGGUGGUGGCUGCCUCGAUCCAGCCGUGUCGCUUCGUGCUGUUCGAUGAGGACGGUGAGCCGAUCCACUCCGAGCUCGAGGCCGAAGAGGGAGUUCGGCCGGCGACGGUGGCGCAGCGCGGGGCGUUGGAGCUGUUCAUCCACGAGGACCGCACGAGCGCUGCAGACGGGUACGAGUUCGAAGCCAACGAGACUGUGACCGCGCUGGAGAUCGUCACGCUCGAUGCGCCGAGCACUGCUUCUGGGCGCAAGCAGUUCAUCGCUGCGGGGACGACGACGUUCCACGGCGAGGACCGGACGGCGAAAGGCUGCGUGUAUCUGUUCGAGGUGAUCGAGGUGGUUUCGUCGGCGCGGUACCAGGUGGGGCGGGAUCUGCGGCUGAAGCUCGUGUGCCGCGAUGACUCGCGUGGGCCCGUGACGGCGAUCGCGCAGCUCAAUGGGUUUUUGGUCAGCACGUGUGGACAGAAGCUCUACGUGCGUGCGCUGGAAAAGGAAGAGUGGCUCAUCUCGAUCGCCUUCCUCGACUGUCCGUACUAUAUUACGAGUAUUCGGGUGGUGAAGAACUUCGUGCUGCUGAGCGAUGCCAAAAAGUCGCUCUGGUUCUUGGCGUUCCAGGAGGAGCCGUACCGAUUUGUUGAUCUGGGGCGCGACAUUCACGAUCAGCAUGCGACGCUCGGGCAGUUUUUGGUGUACAACGACCGACUAGCGCUUGUCUCUACCAGCGGCGGGGCGCUCGGGGGCAACACGGCGUUCGGGCGCGAGGCGGGCGUGGUGCGGCUGUACGAGUACGCCCCGCACGUUGCGUCUGCAGGAUCGCGCCUCGUCCUACGCACCGAGUUCCAGACAGCGUCAACAGCAACUUCAAGCGUCAUGUGUCGUGGUCGCUGGCUGUCGGACUCCGAACUGCGUGGCAGAGAGGAGGGCCGCAACAAGCUCGUCUUCUCGAAAACCAACGGCGCACUCGAGAGUCUGGCGGCAACCGACGAAAAAGUCGCCAAACGCCUCCACCUGCUGCAGGGCCAGCUGGUGCGUUCGGUGAUGCACACGGCAGCAUUGAACCCGCGCGCGUUUAGGGCUGUGCGCAACGACUUUGUCUCUCGCGCGCUCACCAAGGGCGUGCUGGACGCCAGGCUCUUGGACAGCUUUGUCUAUCUGUCCCGGCCCAAGAUGCUGGAGGCGGUCAAGACACUCAGCGGCAUGUUUGACGGGCUGGACGUUAUCAAGGCUGAUGCGGGCGCCAAGAGGAAGAGAAUCCAAGACGAGGGCGGAGAGGGAGAGGGAGAGGAAGCCCAGGAGGGCGAAGAGGAGGAGGAGGAAGUGGACUUUGCGAAACAGGAACAGUUGCGGCUCCAGUCGCAGCACAAGAGGGUGCAAUUGGUGCUCAAGGAUCUGCUCAGGCUGCGUCUUGGGUUCGAACAGGUGUAA